UCUCUGAAUUGUUUGACUGCUGCACGAUGUCGCUCUUUUCUCGUAAUUGUUCUCUCAGCUUACUUGCCAAUUUUUGCUCACGCAGGAAGUAAAUGAUGAUUUUUUAUUAAAUUUAUGCUUUCAAAUAACCAAGGAACCCAUUUCAGAAUGCAGGAAAUAAAUCAUAAGACAAUAUUUGUCCUCGAUCAUGGACCAUCCAUGAAAGAAUCAUCAAAGCAAACUAUCGAUUUUGACAUCUUUAUGAAAUCACGACCCCAGGGCAUGAUUCCUCUGGCACCAAUCACAAAGUCAUUAUGGACUUGCUGCAUGGAAGCUUUAUGUGAAUAUUGCAGAAUUGUUUGGGAUAUUUUCCCAAGAGAAAAAUUUCUUCAAUUUGUUGUUAGCGAUACAACAAGCAAGACAUUGAACACAUGGAAUCCUAAAGAUCAAAAUUCUCAUGCUCUACUGCGGGCUUUAGCAUCCGUGGGGCCUCCUGUUGCACGAAGUGAUUGCAGUGUAUUAACUGGAUUAAUAGAUGCUGUGAAAUCAUUAAGUGAACCGACCAUACAACAGAAAAAUGCAUUUGAUGAUCCAAAUGUAAAAAAUGUUCCAAAUAGAGGAAGGAUUGUUUGCAUAACACAACUUAAGCAUGAUGUUCAUAGAAGAACCAUUGAAGAUUGUGUUGCAGAAGCUGUCCAAAAACAAAACGAACUUGCAGCAAAUCCCAACAGUGGUUUUUUUCCGAUCUCAGAAUUAGAUUUGGUGAUUAUUCAUAUAAAGCCUUUUGGUGUGGAUUUGCAAAUAUCUGAAAAACCUCCAACUCCAUUGACUCAAAAUAAAUCUAUUUCAUCUGAACUACAUAAUGUGAAAUCUACACGACAUGGAAUCGCGAUUGCAAACAGACUUCUCAAUCUUGUACAAAAACAUUAUGAUCUUUCUGUGACAAGUGUAACCGGUAUACCUAUGAAGGAGGAACAACAUGCUAACAGUUCUGCAAAUUAUGAUGUUUUAUUACUUCAUCCUCGAUUACCAGGAAUGUGGGAAUGUUCAACUGGAUCAUCUCUCCCACCUGGUGAUGGUGAACCAACUUCUACAAUGAUGUUGAAAUGGUUUACACCAAAAAUAAAUGCAAAUGAAUUAUAUCACUGUGAUGCAGCAGAGCGAGUCAGUCCAGUUGAUGUUAAUAGCAGACCUUCACUUUGCCUCACCAACUUUUUAUUAAGUGGUCGAUCGGUGCUUCUUGAAAAAUGGAAGAAUGGACAAGCGGUUACAAGCAGUGGAAGUGGAAGACAAACAACACAUAUGAUAUCAUGUCAUGGAAAUGAUAUAUUUCUUCAUGCUCUUAAUACAGAUAAAGUGCCGUUUGAAGACCCUCCAUCCAUAAGUGAGGGCGUAGGAGGAAAAGUUACAGAUUACAGAAUUAAUGAUUUCAGUGCUUUCAUGAAAGAUGGUCAACUUCAACCAUGGGGUCAUUCUAAAAAGAAAUGGGAAGCAACAACACCACAACCUCUGGAAAAAAUGAAAUCUAAAUUAGAACGAAUGGCUAGGCAUUGGCCUCUCGUCUUUUCACAAACUGUUUUAUUCAGUAUGCCUAAUAUAUUGGAACCUUUAUUGUCAUUAGUCAUGAAGGAAACUUUAACCCAAGACCAAGUUGUGCAAUGUAAAAGUUCAAUAUAUCAUAUUAUAAAAAUGGAAAGAGAGAAUACAUCACUGCCUGUUGUUAUUCCUGGAAGCAGAAUCAAAUCAAAUAAAAGAGAUGAACAAUAUAAAUCUUUAUGGUCAGAACUUGAAAAUUAUUUGAUGGAACAUUCCACAACAUCUGAGAAUCACAGAGAAGUUUUGGAUUGUUUAUUGCAAUGUCUUGGAAAAGCUGACGAGAGAAUGGAAACAAAACGUGCGGUAGACACGGUGUUUGAAUCACCUGAAUCACCCCCACCAAUGAAAAAAGUAAAAACUGAAGACGUAACAAUAACAAGUCGGCCUGCUCAGAAAGGAGCACAAAAUCUUUAUGAAAUGUGGUGGAAACGAAUAGAAAACAUUCAUCAACAGAGACAUGUUGAAUUUUACGGUAGACUGACAAGUGAAGGAAAUGUAGCAAAACUAUAUCCUCAUCUAAAUCUACCUGAUCCGCAGGAACAAAUGAAUGAAAGACCUGGCAGACAUCAAGGCCGAGGUAAUUUUCAUCAUGGAGGAAGGUCAUCAACCCCAAGUGGGAGGUCCACUCCUACAGGCAGGUCAACACCGAGUGGCAGACUGACACCUAGUGGUAUAGGGGGAAUGAAACAACAGAAAAUGAAAAGAGAGAAAAAUAAAAAUUACUAAUGGUAGUAGAAAUUUA